AUGCAAUACCGGCGUCUGGACGCCGAGAAGCACGAGAUAAGGGUUCUGGAUGUCGCUCGUACCAAGUCAAUCCAAGACAAAGUUGCCUGUCGCGCGCGCCAAAUCUCCUUAGACACACAUCCUACUCCUCAGUAUGAAACGAUCUCAUACGCCUGGGGCGACCCAACUCCGUGUCGUCAGAUCCAAAUCGACGGCCACGAUUUCAAUGUCCCAAUGAAUACAGAAAUGGCCCUGCGCUGUGCAACUGCGCGAGAGGAAAGAACCCUAUGGAUUGAUGCUGUGUGCAUCAAUCAGAACGAUGUUGAGGAACGUGGACAACAGGUUGCUAUGAUGGGGAAGUUAUACUCCAUGUGUACUAUGACUUGGGUGUACAUCGGCGAGGAAGAUGUCACUACACAGAGAGCCCUGGAUAACCUGGAUCAAGUUCACAAGGAAAUCGUAAGUACAGCCGGCGAUCGCCGAGGACUACAGGAUCUGGUAUAUCCACAAGGACUCCCAAUUUACGCCGCAAGAGCUCCUUGCACACCGAUCGAUGAUUACGCACUUGCGUCGUUCUUUUCGCGGCCAUGGUUCAGUCGUGUAUGGGUUGUUCAGGAGGUAGUUCUUACACCAAAAGCCACCUGUCUGUGCGGCCAUAUGCAGAGGAACAUGGUCGACAUACUAGAUUGCGCUUUCUUCCUGGGCGUGCACUAUUCAAAUCACAUAUCCGAUUCGCUGUAUAACUCUGGGCUAGCGAGAGCUAGCAACAUAUCGACCCUUGCGUACUGGCACUCACAAGAGGCCCAUGUAUUCUUGAACACGGUCUUGACCAGAACCUGGAGCCUUCGAGCGUUCGAUCCGCGGGACAAGGUGUUUGGCAUUCUCGGAUUGCCUAUCGWAGGAAUCGACGGGGACAAUCACUUACAACGGCGACUACUCAAGUCCGACUACACCAAAUCCGUUGCGAAUGUAUUCAGGGAUGCUGUGAGGUAUUCAAUCUUGUCGUCAGGCCGUCUCGACCAGCUAUUCUUACUGAAUCGAGUCUUCCACCGCCAUGAGCAAGACUUGCAGUCUGAUGGAUUUCCUUCCUGGGUACCAAGGCUUGAUCGAGAAUGGAAUUUCACGGUAGAUGCGAAUAGUCUGCCCUAUCAUGGGGAUUAUCACACUACUGGGCACGUUGACCAAGUGCUUGUUGCCUCCACAAUCGAGAGUGAUCUGCUACGUCUCGAGGGCAUACUAGUAGAUGAGAUCUCGGCAACGUCGACGCUGCUUGAUGAAAACGCGACGCGGUCCUUCAAAAUCUUCAGUGCAUGGCUGGAUUCUACACUUGAAAUGUCAAGUGAAUGUGGCGUGGAAGCCCUAGCGCGAACCCUUGUAGCAGAUACCAACCAUUUACGAAAACGGAGCAGCUCUGUCCAGUACUUGCUGUCAUUUACGGAGAUGCGCACGUGUAUUCAGCAAGGUGUGAGUCUCUCGGCCGGGGACUCUUUUCCGCCCGAGGAUCCUCGUCGACGGGCGUGGGAAUACUCAUUGGCUCUUACCCGCUGGUACCCAAGGCGAAUAGUCAGGACGAGAAAUCAUCUCUUAGGUCUUGCUCCAAAGAUGACAAGCCCCGGUGACAUUGUCGUUGUGUUGGAUGGCAGUCACUUUCCCACCAUUCUACGGCCGGAUGGUGAUCGUUAUCUUUUCAUCGGGAACUGCUAUAUUGACGGGACCAUGGAUUGGCAGGACGAGUACGAAGCCUUUGAACAGAGAUUCCAGCAAGUACCGAAACAAAUCUUCGACUUGCAUUAG